CUUCCAUUUCAUUCUUCAUAUUAGAACACAACGAAACAAAACUCUAGACUUCUGUGGUGAAAGAAAAUGAAUCCCCAAGCACAACAACACCUCACUCAAAAACUCUAACCCAACAAAAUCGACAUGGAUAUAGAAAUGAAAUAAGAAACCCUCCCUUCUUCUUGUUUUUAAUUUUCAUUUUUCAAGAGAGAGGAUCCAAUUGGUUUGCAGGUCGGCUUGUCCUCCUUCAAUGGCGAGCGGGUGGAUUAAGUCCUUACAAUGUAAGUCGAGAGCAUUUGAUGAUGUUUUUAACCCCAACCCGAAACACUUGUUACCCAGCUCCAGUUGCAGAAAAAACUCUUCAAAAAUGACUAAAGAUGUCAUUAUUGAAGCCAAAGCCAAGAGAUCAAAACCUAAACACCAUCUUUUUAAUCAUAACCAACAAAAACCCACCUCAAACCCCGUUUCGACACCCCCACCACGUCCUCGUUCAACCCGGAACACUGACCCCGUUUUCCCUGCCCUCACCGAGCUGCCUGACGGACAUCCUUCAAGAAAUGUGGUGGAUAUCAUCUUUCACACCAGUUGGAGCAAUAAAUCAUUCCCGGGUCGAAUCGAGAUGAUUUUCAAAGUGCAAAACGGGCCGAGAACGGUUACCCGCUUUGAAGAAUAUCGAGAAAUUGUUAAAACCCGGGCCGAGCUAACAGGUGGAACGACGCGGGAGGAAAACGCAAGGUGUGUCGCGGAUGGAAACGAGAUGAUGCGGUUUUAUUGCUUGGGUCCCGCUGGAGGUGUACAUGAAGCGCGUGGUGAUGCGUGGGUUUUCCCUGGAGGAAAAGGAGCAAGGGUUUGCACGUUUUCCGGCAGCGGAGGCGCUCAUGAGAGCGCUGGUGGUGGUAUAGGACGGAGAGCAAUGCUUGUCUGUCGGGUCGUAGCAGGUCGGGUUACGAAGCAAGUCGGGUUUGGUUCAUUGAUUGAUGACUGUCGGGUCGGGUUUGACUCGGUGAGUGGGGAUAACGGCGAGUUGAUGGCAUUUGAUGGUCGUGCGGUGUUGCCUUGUUUUCUUAUUAUCUAUAAAUUGUAAAAAUACCUUGGAAAUUAUUUUCUUUUCAUUUAUUUUUUGGAAGUGCUUUUCUUUUAAA